AAGGGGCGGAGCCACUGAGUGGGUAGACAGAGGCGGUGGGCGGGGGCUGUCCCGGUGACGCCAUCAAGCGGUGCUGGAACGCUUAGGAGCCCCGGGUGGGAAAAACACAACGCCAAAGCAGUGCCAGGUAAGAGACAAGUGUCACACAGGCAGCUCAUCCUUUUAAACUCCAUUAUUAUAUGCACAGCUCUUUGUGACAAGUGGGAAAGUUGGGAAAGCACCAGCAUUUCUAAGGGAAGAAAAGAUAAAAAACAGCAAGACUUUAAAAAGUAGCGAUUGUUUGCAUAGAAAAGUGGCAUACAGAGAUGGAGGUGGACUUUACUAAAGAUGAUCUGCCUUUAAUGGCCAACACUAGCCACAUGCUGGUGAAGCAUUAUGUCUUGGAACUGGAUGUAGAUUUUAAAAACCAGGUGACUGAGGGCAAGAUAGUUCUGUUCCUUGAAGCUGACAGCAUGUGCAGAAGAGGAGACAGUGAACAGAUGGAAGAAGCCUGUCGGUCUUGGUCAGAUGAAACCUGCCAAGUUCAGGCACCUGAAACUGCCUCUGUUCCUGUGUCAAAUGCAAGCGACUGCUCCCCUGAAAGUGGAUGUAAUGAUUUUGCUGUCUGUGGUAAAGGUGAAAAUGAUACUUCUGAUAAAAAUGGUAGCCAUGGCAACAGGGAACAGGCUUCUGGGAUUUCUAGUUCAAAGAAGUGCUGUGACAUUGAGAUUCAUGGGAGUGAAGAUUUCUCGCUGGUCCUAGACUGCUGUGAUUUAUCUGUGUUAAAGGUUGAGGAGGUAGAUGUUUCCCUUGUUCCAGGCAUCGAGAAAUUCACAAGCCCUGCCAAGUUAACGGAUACAUCUAAGAAUACAGAGGAACUUAGGAAUCAAAUUGUGCAUGAACUUGUGGCAUUACCUGCAGAUCAGUGGAAGGAGCAGCUUCACUAUUACAAGCUUUGCAGCCAAGCACCUGCUUGCGGAGAGCUUCUGUUUGUUACUGGCAAUUGGAGCUUGGAGAUCAGGAAGGCAGGUGUCCAAAUGCCAAAGGACUUCCCUUGCGCCAUAAGGAUUUGGUACAAAACAAAGCCAGAAGGAAGAUCGCUGAGCUGGACUACAGACCAAAAUGACAGGCCGUGUGUUUAUACGGUGGGGUCUCCAAUAAACAACAGGGCCCUUUUUCCAUGCCAAGAACCGCCUGUUGCCAUGUCAACAUGGCAAGCUACAGUCCGAGCAGAUGCAGGCUUUGUUGUUUUAAUGAGUGGUGAAAACACAGCGGAACCAGCAGAAUCUGAAGAAGGUGCAUUAAACUGGUUUUAUUAUGUGACCAUGCCAAUGCCAGCGUCAACCUUCACCAUUGCUGUUGGAUGCUGGGCAGAAGUUAAAAGAAAAACUUAUGCAACUGGUAUUCAGAGGAAUGAUGGGAUCUUUCCACUGUUCUCAAAGGCGGAUGUCAGGUUGUCAGAUCAGGCCUGUGGUCAUGUACCUUAUCCUUGCCGUUUCCAAGAUCCUGCUGCUACUUCUCAGCUGGUCAUUCCUCAUCGCAUCUUUGCUCCACCAUGCCUUCAGAAAUCCUGUGAAGAGAUUCUACUCCAGCUUAUCCCCCAGUGUCUUUCAGCUGCUUAUGCUCUGCUGGGCACUCACCCAUUUUCCCGCCUUGAUGUCUUGAUUGUCCCAUCCAACUUUUCCAGUCUUGGAAUGGCCAGCCCACACAUCAUCUUCCUAUCACAGAGCACAUUAUCUGGUGGAGGCCACCUCUGUGGAACACGCUUGUGCCAUGAAAUUGCUCAUUCCUGGUUUGGGUUGGCCAUUGGGGCCCGUGACUGGACUGAAGAAUGGCUAAGUGAAGGAUUUGCCACACACCUAGAAGAUGCUUUUUGGUCAAGAGCACAGAAGCUAAUGACUGAUGAAGCCAAAGAACAGCAGGACCUGAAGGCUUUGUUGCGUUGGCAGCGUCUUAGAGAUGAGAUCCAAAACUCUGAGGAAGAUCUACAAGUGUUAAGGCCCAACAAAGAAAACACUGGCAAAGUGACUGAAUCUGGAGCAUCUGUAAUCAAGCAUGGUCUUAAUGCAGAGAAAACUUUCAUGCAGGUCCAUUAUCUGAAGGGUUAUUUCCUUCUGCGGACUUUGGCAGGAAAAAUUGGAGAAGCUGAGUAUUUUGCCUUUUUAAGAAAGUUUGUGUGGACCUUUCAUGGACAAUUGAUACUGUCUCAGGACUUUCUUCACCUAUUAUUAGAGGACAUCCCACAGCUAAAAGGGUAUGGCCUAUCAGUGGAAAACAUUUUCCAGAAGUGGCUUGACUGCUCAGGAAUCCCAAAGCCUUUGCUGGAAGAGAGUCCCGCCUGGCAAGAGGGUCGCCUAGCCCAGCAAGUCAAGGCAGAGGUCGUAAAAUGGGUUCGAGUAAAUCAGAGAGCCAGAAAAAGCGGCAAAAGGAAAAAGCGGCGCGAAGAAGGCACUUUCCAAAAGAUCAAGCAGCAUUCUUCAAAUAAUUUUGUAAAAGUCAUGUUGGAGUUCCUUGUGUAUCUGUAAGCUGAAAAACAUUCAUCUGGCUCUCUCUUUUCCUGGUGUCAGACAUAUGUAUAAAUUAAAUCUUUAUUUAGUAUAAUGCGUGGCUUGAGACUAGGUUUUUAUUUCCUCAGUUUCUUUACUGCAGUCAUUCCCUGCUUGAAUAAAGAAUAUAACAAACUAUUCCAUAUUUGUUUGUUGUUCCUUCCUGGAUUUGUAUAUGGUAUAAUAUAUUUAUAUUUGGGUGUGGGGUUUUGUGUGUGUUUGUUUUUUUAAAAAAAAUCAGUAUUCUUUGUAUGUACUAAGGCUACUUUAUUGUAGAGAUAAUAUAGACUUGAAAUUUAUGCACAGAUCAAGGAAUCACAGAUCCUAAUGAGGCUUCUCUUCAACAAGCAUUAGCUGGCAUUCUUUUGGCAAAAUAUGUCCCAUUGUCUCUUUCCAGUUAUGAACCGCAAAUAAAAUGCUCUUACCAGAUCCAACCCCAGAUAUUCUGAGACAAAAAAAUCAAAUCAAAUCAAAAUGUUGCCUCCUCUUUGUUAAAUAACAACAGUAACAAUAACAGCAAUAAGUGAUGCUCUGAAUGCUGUAUGAGACACUGCUCUUGUUUUGCUUGAUAACUUGCAGUUUCAGAAGCAUAGAGAAAAGAUAGAUUAUUACAGUAGAGAUUAAAAAAACAAAUAUGCAGAAAAAACUUGUCAUUGAUUUAUCGUGUCAAACUGCUGAUUCCUGAACAUUCCCCUCAUGUAAAUAACUGAAAGUUAACAUACCUAAUCUAUAUUGAGAGAUUUCUAUCUAGGGAGAAGAGAAGAUGCAAAUACUGUAUAUGAUUUCCUCAGUGGUAUAGUUUAGUAUUUUUAAAAGUCAGCUUUGGUUUUCCCUUAUCACCCAGUUUCACAGUAGCACAUAUAACUGGAUGGUCUGGUGUUUGUUUCUAGUGUGAUACUUGCAGGCAUAAGAACACCUCUGGAGGUCAUCACUGAUGCCCACGGUCUGAGCAGGCCAUUGCCUCACAUACUGGCACUCUAGGAACAAGCAUCCCCAGAUCAUGGACAAAUCAUGGACAGCUAUUGCUUUGUGCUCUCUUCUGCUCAAUGAUGCUGAUACUGGACUGAUACAGGCAGACGGUUCUGAGUCCUUUCCUGGUCUGAUUGUUUCAUUUCGUAUUUGUAUAUUGUUAGUUUUCAAUAAAAUG